UUUGGCGACUCGUCGCCAUUCCCGGAGCAGCUCGGCCUCGGCCCAGAGGCGAGAGUUGGUCGCUGUGUCGGAGACACCCGUCCCCGACACCAAGAGAGCCAGCCCUCUCCCCUGCCCCGCGGCGGGAGAGCGUGUCCGGCCGGCCGGCGGGGCUCGCGCACCUUCCCUCGCGUCCCCUUUCCCCGCAGCCUCCGCCCCGCCAGGCCCGGCCCGGACCUCCGAGCCCCGGCCUACUCCUUCUCAGUCACCGCCGCCACCGGGCUCGACAGCCCCACCCGCCGCUUCUCUUUCCAGUUUGAGAAGCCGAGUAAGGAAACAGGGAAAAAAUGUCGCCAUGAAGGCCGAGAACCGCUGCCGCCGCCGACCCCCGCCGGCCCCGAACGCCAUGAGCCUGGGUCCUUGCAGCGCCCGCUCCGCUCCGACCGCCGCCGCCGCCGAGGCCCCCGUUGAUGCCGCAGAGCUCCCCCAACGCCGCCGCCACCGCCUCCGACAUGGACAAGAACAGCGGCUCCAACAGCUCCUCCGCCUCUUCGGGCAGCAGCAAAGGGCAACAGCCGCCCCGCUCCGCCUCGGCGGGGCCUGCCGGCGAGUCUAAACCCAAGAGCGAUGGAAAGAACUCAAGUGGAUCCAAGCGUUACAAUCGCAAACGUGAACCUUCCUACCCCAAAAAUGAAAAUUUUAGCAACCAAUCCCGUCGCUCCAAUUCACAGAAAAGCAAAACUUUUAACAAGAUGCCUCCUCAAAGGGGCGGCGGCAGCAGCAAACUCUUUAGCUCUUCUUUUAAUGGUGGAAGACGAGAUGAGGUAGCAGAGGCUCAACGGGCAGAGUUUAGCCCUGCCCAGUUCUCUGGUCCAAAGAAGAUCAACCUGAACCACUUGUUGAAUUUCACUUUUGAACCCCGUGGCCAAGCGGGUCACUUUGAAGGCAGUGGACAUGGCAGCUGGGGAAAAAGGAACAAGUGGGGACAUAAGCCUUUUAACAAGGAACUCUUUUUACAGGCCAACUGCCAAUUUGUGGUGUCUGAAGACCAAGACUACGCAGUUCAUUUCGCUGAUCCUGAUACCUUAGUCAAUUGGGACUUUGUGGAACAAGUGCGCAUUUGUAGCCAUGAAGUGCCAUCUUGCCCAAUAUGCCUAUAUCCACCUACUGCAGCCAAGAUAACUCGCUGUGGACACAUCUUCUGCUGGGCAUGCAUUCUGCACUAUCUUUCACUGAGUGAGAAGACCUGGAGUAAAUGCCCCAUCUGUUACAGUUCUGUGCAUAAGAAAGAUCUCAAGAGUGUUGUUGCCACAGAGUCGCAUCAGUAUGUUGUUGGUGAUACCAUUACGAUGCAGCUGAUGAAGAGGGAGAAAGGGGUGUUGGUGGCCUUGCCCAAAUCCAAAUGGAUGAAUGUAGACCAUCCUAUUCAACUAGGAGAUGAACAGCACAGCCAGUACUCCAAGUUGCUGCUGGCCUCAAAGGAGCAGGUGCUGCGCCGGGUAGUUCAGGAAGAGAAAGUAGCACUUGAGCAGCAGCUGGCAGAGGAGAAGCACAGUCCCGAGUCCUGCUUUAUUGAGGCAGCCAUCCAGGAGCUCAAGACUCGGGAAGAGGCCCUGUCAGGAUUGGCGGAGAGCAGAGGGGAAGUCACUGGUGUCGUGACUGCUCUGGAACAAUUGGUGCUGAUGGCUCCCAUGGUGAAGGAGUCUGUUUUUCAACCCAAGAAGGAUGUGCUAGAGUAUCUGUCUGCUUUUGAUGAAGAAACCACCGAAGUUUGUGCUCUGGGCUCUUCUCGUCCUCUUGGUCUCCCUCUGGUAGAGGAAGAGGAAGCAGUGUCUGAACCGGAGCCUGAGGGGUUGUCAGAGGCCUGUGAUGACUUGGAGUUAGCAGGUGACAAUCUCGGAGAGGGGACCAUUUGUACGGAGUCCAGCCAGCAGGAACCCAUCACCAAGUCAGGCUUCACACACCUGAGCAGCUCUCCUUGUUACUACUUUUACCAAGCGGAGGAUGGGCAGUACAUGUUCCUGCACCCUGUGAAUGUGCGCUGCCUCGUGCGGGAGUAUGGCAGCCUGGAGCAGAGCCCCGAGAAGAUCUCGGCAACGGUGGUGGAGAUCGCUGGGUACUCCAUGUCUGAGGACGUUCGACAGCGUCAUAGAUAUCUCUCUCACUUGCCGCUCACUUGCGAGUUCAGCAUCUGUGAGCUGGCUCUGCAGCCUCCUGUGGUCUCUAAGGAAACCCUAGAGAUAUUCUCAGAUGACAUUGAGAAGAGGAAGCGUCAACGCCAGAAGAAGGCUCGGGAGGAGCGCCGCCGAGAGCGCAGGAUUGAGAUGGAGGAGAACAAAAAACAGGACCCGGAAGUCUACAUUCCCCUAGAGAAUCUACAGCAGUUUCCUGCCUUCAACUCCUUUACCUGCUCCUCCGAUUCUGCAUUGGGUCCCACCAGCACGGAGGGCCAUGGAGCUUUCUCUAUUUCUCCUCUUAGCAGAAGUCCAGGUUCCCAAGCAGGUAAAUAAAGUUGGGAUUUAAAGAAUGAAAUUGGCCACCAGCCACAGCCCUUAAAGCCCUAGUGUCUGAAUUUACAACUCUGAAUUUUUUCGGUGUGAUGGGGUCUUUAGGUGA